GCUGGGAGUUGUAGUUCUCUGCCAGGUCUCUGCCCCUCCUGUUUCCGGUGCCGUCACGGGACAGAGCAGUCGGUGACAGCACCGAGGGCCCCCGCCCCGCGCCCAUGGCCGAGCCGGACCCCUCUGACCCUCUGGAGACCCAGGCAGGGAAGGUGCAGGAGGCUCAGGUGAGAUUUGGGGAAGGGAGGGCUGCAGGGGCGCCGGAACCCCGCCGGCUGCUGCUUGGAACACCUCUCGACUCAGAUUCAGACACUGAGGGAGGAGCGGCUGGCGGAGAGGCCGAGAUGGACUUCCUGCGGCAUUUCUUCUCCCAGACACUGGGCCUGGGCACCCAGAAGGAGCGGCUGCUGGACGAGCUGACCCUGGAAGGGGUGACCCGCUACAUGCAGAGCGAGCGCUGUCGCAGGGUCAUCUGUUUGGUGGGAGCUGGGAUCUCCACGUCCGCGGGCAUCCCUGACUUCCGCUCCCCAUCCACGGGCCUCUAUGCCAACCUGGAGAAAUACCGUCUUCCCUACCCGGAGGCCAUCUUUGAGAUUGGCUACUUCAAGAAACAUCCAGAGCCCUUCUUUGCUCUUGCCAAGGAACUCUACCCUGGACAGUUCAAGCCGACCGUCUGUCACUACUUCAUCCGCCUGCUGAAGGAGAAAGGGCUGCUUCUGCGCUGCUACACGCAGAACAUAGACACCCUGGAGCGGGUGGCGGGGCUGGAGCCCGAGGACCUGGUGGAGGCCCACGGCACCUUCUACACGUCACACUGCACCAGCGCCCUCUGCCGACGGGAGUACACGCUAAGCUGGAUGAAAGAGAAGAUCUUCUCCGAGGUGACUCCCAAGUGUGAGAAAUGUCACAGCGUGGUGAAGCCUGACAUCGUGUUCUUCGGUGAGAACCUCCCGGCGAGGUUCUUCUCCUGCAUGCAGUCAGACUUCCUGAAGGUGGACCUUCUCCUCAUCAUGGGCACCUCGCUGCAGGUGCAGCCCUUUGCAUCCCUCAUCGGCAAGGCACCCCUGUCUACCCCACGCCUGCUCAUCAACAAGGAGAAGACCGGGCAGACUGACCCUUUCCUGGGGAUGAUGAUGGGCCUGGGAGGAGGCAUGGACUUCGACUCCAAGAAGGCCUACCGGGACGUGGCCUGGCUGGGUGACUGUGACCAGGGCUGCCUGGCCCUUGCUGACCUCCUUGGAUGGAAGAAGGAGCUGGAGGACCUCGUCCGGAAGGAGCAUGCCAGCAUAGAUGCCCAGCAGGCGGGGUCGGGGAGCCCUAACCCCAACCCUUCAACUUCGCCCAGGAAGUCCCCACCUCCUGACAAGGAGGAGGCCAGAACCUCGGAGGGAGAGAAACCCCAGUGACAGCCACGUCCCCCGGGGAAGGAUGCCCGGCAAAUCUGGGACAGCAGAGCCCCAGCCAGCCCUGGCCCCCUCUAACUUGUGGCUCUCAUCUGGGGAGCUCAGAACCUCGUCCCAGUCUCUUAACCACUUCCUCUCAAAACUGGGUUCCCAGCCCCCUGACCCUGGCAGAUCUCUAACACCUCCCAGGGGCCGAGGCCUGGGCAGCCCGGCUGUAACAGCCCGCGGUCUCUAACCACCCGCAGGGCCGAGGGUCAACUUCCCCUCAUCUCUAACUGCUCCCCGGGCCAGGGCCGCCUCUAAACUCCUAACUAUUCCGCCCAGGGCCCCAGGGCUCCCAGGGCUCCCAGGGCUCCCAGGGCUCCCCAUGCCCUCCACUGCUCCUCGGGGCCUGUGGCCAAGUAGGGCCAGUCCAACCUACCCUGGGCGGGCCCCUCAAACAUCACUCCCACUCAGUGGGGGGAGCUGAGCCUGAAGGCCUCCGUGGUCUGUGCCUCCGACGCCCGAAGCGGGUGCCGGUCCCCUUCCCUUGGGACCCACUUCCCAUGCGGGGAGAGGCAGAUAAUGUUGCUUAUUGGAGACAAAUUAAAAACAAAAACAACUAAC